UGUUACGACAGUAACGUAAGAUAUUUUCAGCGUUUACUUUUGUAUAUGAGCCGAACCAACCAAGUAAUUAUUAUUAGCUUUCACGUAAUUUAAUGCUGAAGAACGUGAGUUCAAGAUGUACUUGUAUAACGCUUUUAAAAAAGGAAAUUUUACAAGUUAACAGAAGUUGUUCGAGUUAUAUAACCUAUAACAAUGGAUUACUUAAAUCUAAACAAAUCGAUAAAGAAAAUCGAGAAAAGUUUGUUACCAAAUCCAAUGUUUCAUUCGAAUCAACGAUAUUACCAACGCAAUCACAAAUUGUUAUUGCGGGUGCAGGAACAGUUGCUAAUUCGGUUGCUUAUCAUCUUGUUAUUAAUGGAUGGAACGAUGUACUCGUCUUGGAACAAAACAAAAUUGGAAGCGGAACAUCUUAUUUUGGUUCUGGCACCAUUGGUUUGUUCAAACCGAUAUCGCAUAGAAACUUAAUAUCUUAUAGCAUUAAAUUAUAUCGACAGUUACAAGAAAUGGGAUAUGACAUAGGAUUAAAACAAUGCGGUAGUAUAUAUUUAGCUCAGACUAAAGACAGAAUGAUAGCUUUGAAAAGAAGAAUGGCUUAUAAUGUACCUACAGGCUUACAUUGCGAAACUUUGAAGAAAGAACAACUGAAACAACUGCACCCGUACUUGCAUAUUGAAGAUGUCGAAGGUGCUGUCUGGGUACCUGAAGAUGCAGUAGCGAAUCCUAGCGCGAUCUGUAAAGUUCUAGCGAAGCUGGCAAAGAUCGGAGGAGCCAAGUACGUUGAAAAUUGCCAUGUAGACAAAGUAUAUACCGAGAAUGGAGCUGUCAAAAGUGUAAAAACGGAACAUGGUAUAGUCCAUUGCAAAUAUUUUGUUAACUGUGCAGGAAUGUGGGCACGUGAAUUAGGAUUACGAUGCGAUCCACCUGUUAGAAUUCCAGCAUAUCCUGCAGAACAUUUUUACGCGAUUGCUUCUCCUUUUCCAUCUUGUACAAAUCUUGUUUUACCGUGUGUACGAGAUUAUGAUUCAUAUUCGUACAUGAGGGAAUGGCAAGGAAGUUUAUUAAUUGGAUGGUUUGAACCAAACUCAAAACCCGCGUUUGAAAAUAGUACUGUUCCUAUAAAGAACUGGAAGAAUUAUCUUACAGUUGAUACAUCGCAUUGGAUGCCAUUAUGGGAUAAAGUGGUACACAGGUUACCAAUUUUAGAAGGUAUACAACCAAAUAUUUAUAACUGUCCUGAUACUUUUACACCAGACGGAAGAUGGAUAUUAGGAGAAAGUCCAGAAGUGAAAAAUUAUUUUGUUGCUGGAGGCAUGAAUGGAAAUUCAUUACAAGGUGCUGGUGGAAUAGGGAAAGAAGUCGCUGAAUGUUUAAUUAACGGGGAAUCUACGCAAGAAUUACUUCCUUUCAAUGUACAGAGGUUCUUAGAUUUGCAUAGUAGCAAGCAAUAUUUACAGCAAAGAACAAAGGAGGUUGUUGGCAGAAACUAUGCGAUUUUAUAUCCUCAUCAAUGCGAAUAUAAAUAUGCUCGAAAACUGCGCUGUUCACCUUUAUAUUCUGUUCUUGAAGAGCGAGGUGCAAUUUUCGGCGUAAAGAUGGCUUAUGAACGUCCACUUUAUUUCGAUUCAACUUACACAAAAGGAUCGAAAAAACCAGUCAUGCCACCAGGUAGUUUUUAUAAACCUAAAUUCUUUGACUUCAUGGAAGAAGAAUUCUUAGCAUGUAAAGAAGGAGUAGGAAUAAUAGAUAUGAGUUCAUUUUCAAAAAUCGAAAUUAGGUCAAGUCGUUGGGAAGUCGUGGAAUAUCUUCAACAAUUAUGUUCUAACGAUGCGAAUAUACCAGUCGGUGGCAUAGUACACACAGGAAUGCAAAAUCAAAGAGGAGGAUACGAAAAUGAUUGCAUUUUAGUAAGACUAGCAGAAAAUAGUUAUUUUAUGGUUUCACCUACAUCGCAGCAAACACGCAUUUAUCAGUGGAUGUCGAGACAUUUACCAGCUGAUCAUUCAGUAGGCUUGAACGAUGUAACAUCAAAAUAUACUGUUAUUAAUUUAGUAGGACCUAAAGCAACAGGUUUACUGUCAGAAUUAUCAAAUUCUGAUAUUAAUCUUUCUCCUUUCACUUAUAAGACUGUAAAUGUAGCGUAUGCUUCUGAUGUAAUGGUAAUGUCAUUCACACACACUGGUGAAUCUGGUUAUUGUCUGUACAUACCAUCGGAGUACGCGCUUCAUGUAUACUCUAAACUAAUGGAUAUAGGUAAAGAUUACGGAGCACGAGAUGUUGGUGUGCUGACACAACGUUUCAUGCGAAUAGAAAGAUUUAUCCCGUUUUGGGCCGAAGAAUUGACACCGUUUGUAACCCCGUAUGAAGCUGGAAGUGGAUACAGCGUAAAAUUAGACAAAGAAUAUUUCAUUGGCAAGUUCGCUUUACAAUAUCAAAAAGAACAAGGUGUAUCAAAGAGAUUAGUAUUAUUUGUUGUUAAUGAAUUAGAUGUUAAUAAGGAUGUUUGGCCAUGGGGUAGUGAACCAAUUUAUCGAAACAGUGAAUUUGUAGGCACCGUUACAUCGGCAGGAUAUGGUUUUGCUACAGAAAAGCAUAUUUGCCUUGGUUUCAUCAGUUGUCCUGAAUCAACGCACAUUCAAAGUAAUACAAAUGUAGUUACGACAGAUUUUAUAAUGGAACCCACUGCUCGUUACGAAAUCGAUAUUGCUGGAACUAGAUUUCCUGCUAAACCGCACAUUCAUCCCUUACCGAUACCGGCAUGGAGUGGCAAACUUAAUAAAAAGUAUAUUCCUACACCUGCUAUUGUAUACAAAAGUGAGGUAUCUCGCUAAUUCUUUUAUAUGUAUAUAUGAUUAUUUUAAUCAGAUACAAAUCACUACACUUAUAAAUUAAACAAAGAGUAAAGUA